GACAGCAAAUGAAAAUUUAAACACAAAUGUCAUAAUAAAACUUGUAGCUUUUGUUUUAAUUUAAUUAAUUACAUAUGUUAUCUCUUUUGACAACCGGCUUGAGAAGAAUGUCGCAGCCGGCGAAACAAUCGCCGAGUAGUUGCAAGCCGUCGGCCAGUUGCAAAUCGUCUACAGAUCCAUCAGCAGGUAUGGCUACUCAGGAUAAUCCAAAAUCUGCGCUAAUUUUAAUCGCAAAAGGAACAGAGGAAAUGGAAUGUAUAACAGCAGUUGAUGUUCUCAGGAGAGGCGGAAUUACAGUUCAUUUAGCUGGGUUGUGUGGAAAUAAGCCAGUAAAAUGCAGAAGUGAUAGUGUAAUAUCUCCUGAUAUUGGUCUAGCUGAUGCGAAAGGACCUUACGAUGCUAUAGUUCUUCCAGGAGGCCUCGAUGGCUCAAAAGCAUUCUGUCAAUCAGAAGAAUUGGGUGAAUUAUUGAGAGCACAAGAGAAGUGUGGGCGCAUUGUUGCUGCAAUAUGUGCAGCACCAACUGCUUUGAAAGCCCAUAAAAUUGGCUUAAAAAAAAGAGUUACUUCCUACCCAUCAAUGAAAAGUGAAAUGGUCAAAGAUGGUUGCUACACAUAUGUUGAUGAUCAAAAGGUAGUUGUCGAUGGCAACGUUAUAACAAGUCAAGGGCCGGCUACAGCAAUAAAUUUUGCAAUUGUGCUUGUGGAACAAAUAUGUGGCCGAGAGAAAGCUCAAGAAGUUUCAAAAGGAUUGUUGUUCGAUUAUUGCUCUUUAUAUUAAUCAUUGCUUAUAAUGUAAAUUGAAAAUCAUGAAAUUUUCUUUGUUUAUAUAUU